AUGCACUUGCAGCACUUCUGGCAAGAGCAUGUAGUCCUCAAACCCAAGCCCGGGUCCUUUGGGGCCGACGAUGCCGACGCCAUUGUCUAUACCAACGAAGACAUGGAUCCCAUCAAGCGCAAGGACCGCACAUACCAGUGGUACCAGAUGGGACUCUUCUGGAUCGCCGAAGGGUUCAAUGCCGCCCAGCUCCAGGUGUCCAGUUCCGCCUUUUCCCUGGGGCUCAACCCGGGAUUGUGCGUCGUCGCCUGUCUCCUGGGCAACAUCAUCGUAUCGAUCCCCUGCGCGGCCUCGGGAUACCUAGGGAGUAAACUGGGGACCAACUUCCCUGGCGUGGUGCGCGCUUCGUUCGGACUCUGGGGCUCCAAGUGGGCCAUGAUUGUUCGGGCUGUCCCUUGUCUAAUCUACUAUGGCAUCCAGACCAGUCUCGCAGGUCAAGCGGUCCAGGCGUGUAUUACGGCUAUAUGGCCUUCCUUCCGCCACUGGCAGGUCAACGCCUUUCCAUCAUCUGCCAACAUCACCGCCCAGCAGCUCCUCUGUUUCGUCAUCUUUUGGCUCAUCUCACUGCCAUUCCUCUACCUACCGAUCCGGACACUGCGAUUUUUGUUCGUGGUGAAGAGCAUCAUGGUGCCUCUCUACUGGACCGCUCUGUUUACCUGGUCCAUCACUGCCGCAGGGGGAUGGCCCAAGGUCUGGACGAAACCGAGUAUACCUACCGACGGUAUGUCCGUUGGCUAUCUCUUUGGGAUCUGUGUGAAUGCCGCCAUCUCAGGCAACGCCACGUUUGCCGUCAACAUUAUGGAUAUUUCUCGACAUUCCAAGAGCGACAAGGCCGCUUGGUUAACUCAACUCUUUGCGCUCCCGGUCUUCGUCACCUUGACGGAGCUACUAGGCUGCACAAUGGCCGUGGCGUCCUCGGUAGUCUACGGUGAAGUCCAGUGGAACCCGCUCGUCACCAUCAACAACUUUGAAGCGCGUGGAGGCAAGUUUUUCGCCGGCAUUCUAUUCGUCUUCUUCAACAUCAUGACGAACGUUACGGGCAACUCGAUCCCCUUCGCCAACGAUCUCACCGGCCUUUUCCCUAAAUACAUCAACAUCCGCCGCGGCCAGUUUAUCUGCGCGGUGAUCGGGUUCGCCAUCUGUCCCUGGCAGAUCCAGGCCAAAGCCACGACGUUCCUGGCCUUUAUGGGCGCCUACACCCUGUUUUUGGGCGCGACCACCGGCGUCAUGAUGACCGACUACUUCUGGGUGCGGCGUGGCUACGGCAUCAACAUCUCGCAUCUGUUCAAGCCGCACGGGAUCUACUGGUACAACUACGGGUUCAACUGGCGCGCCUUCGUGGCCUGGUUCGUGGCGCUGGCGCCGUUGCUUCCCGGCAUGCUCCAGACCAUGGGGGUCAAGGUCACCAACAGAGGCAUCCUGAACCUGUAUUCCUGGAAUUACGUUCUUGUCGUCGCCUUUUCGGGCCUGUUGUACCUGGCGCUAACCACCCUCUUCCCGGUCCCCGUCAAGACCAACGACGAAGACUUGGGCAAGCUCUAUUUGAUCGACGGCCUCGACCCGGAAAUCACCACCGGCAUGCUGCCGAGAGGCGGUGACGAUGUCCACAGCGAGCGUGAUGGCAAGAACACCGAGAGCGAGAAGAAGGGAUUCGAGAGUCAGGUCAAUGCUCAAUUCGUGGGCAACAUGGCCUAG